UCCGUCCUCUUCCUCCGAUUCUAGGGUUUGGUUUCCUCCCAAAUGCUCCAUCUUCUCCGUCGAAACCUUCGAUUCCGCAUCCCAAUCCGCAUCUCUCAAACCCUAACCCCAAUCCCAUUCCAUCUCAAUGCUUCCCGCUUCUCCUCCAAAUCGCCGGCGAAGCCGCCGGAGUACGAGAUGCCGUCAGUGACCUGGGGCGUCAUCCAGGGCCGCAAGGAGCGCCUUGUCUCCAGGGUUAUCAUCUCUGAUUAUCUCAAGUCCAUCGGCAUCGUCCCCGAUGAGCUCGAGCCCCUUGAGCUCCCCUCCACCGUUGACGUCAUGCGCGAGCGCGUCGAGUUCCUCCACCGCCUCGGCCUUACUGUGGAUGACCUCAACGCCUACCCCCUGGUCCUCGCCUGCAGCGUCCGCAAAAACAUUAUCCCUGUCCUUGGAUACCUUGAGAAGCUCGGCAUCCCUCGAUCCAAGCUCGGCGAGUUCGUUCGGAACUAUCCCCAGGUACUCCACUCCAGCGUCGUCGUUGAGCUCGUCCCUGUCGUCAAGUUCCUUCGCGGGCUCGAUGUUGAGCGCCAUGACAUCCCUUAUGUUCUUCAGAAGUACCCAGAGCUUCUCGGUUUCAAGCUUGAAGGAACAAUGAGCACAUCUGUUGCGUAUCUCGUCAGCAUCGGCGUUUCUCCGCGGGACAUUGGCCCGAUGGUGACUCAGUUCCCGUACUUCUUGGGCAUGCGUGUUGGCACAAAGAUCAAACCUUUGGUGGACUUCUUGCUUUCACUUGGCAUUCCCAAGAAGAUCUUGGCCAAGGUUCUAGAGAAAAGGACCUACAUUUUGGGCUAUGAUCUGCAGGAGACUGUGAAGCCGAAUGUGGAGGCAUUACUUAGUUUUGGUGUUCGCAGUGAGAGGCUUCCCUCGGUGAUUGUUCAGUACCCACAAAUUCUCGGUCUCCCUCUCAAGGCCAAGCUGUCAUCUCAGCAGUAUUUCUUCAACUUGAAGCUCAGGAUUGAUCCUGAUGGAUUCGCCCGAGCUCUGGAGAGGAUGCCUCAGAUUGUUAGUCUCAACCAGAGUAUUAUCAUGAAGCCCAUUGAGUUUUUGUGGGCUCGUGGGUUCUCCACUGAGGAUGUUGCCAAAAUGUUUGUGAAAUGCCCACAAUUGGCUGCGGUUAGAGUAGAGCUCAUGAAGAAUAGUUUCUAUUUCUGUAAAAGUGAGAUGAAACGUCCGAUGGAGGAGCUGGUGGAAUUCCCAGAAUAUUUUACAUAUAGUUUGGAGUCGAGGAUUAAGCCAAGGUAUCGGGUGCUUGCUAGCAAGGGGAUUAAGUGUAGCUUGGGGUGGUUCUUGAAUUGUAGUGACCAGCGGUUUGAGGAGAGGAUGAAAGCUGAAUAUAUUGAUGCAGACACUCCUGGACCUUCUUUUGCUAUGGGAGGGAAAUUGGAGAUGCCCGGAAAUGAGUUGGUUUCAGAAGAUGAGGAUGAGGACAGUGAUGGUGAAGUGCUUUACCGGCGGACUGUUUCACUAUAGUAUAUGUUUUUUAUACGGAUCAGGUUAACUUUUGCUGGCGAUAAGAAUACCCUAAAUAUUUAAGUUACGAUUGAUAUUAUAGUCUGAUCGCCUGGUCUAUUUGUAUGGCAAUGCUGCACACCUUACUUUUUCUGGCAUGGGAAAGGCAUGACUAGUCUCUCAUUUUCAGAUCUCAUGCUCAGAGCAAUCAUUGUUGGAAUAAUUGGUAAAGUGAUGGACCGGAUUGCUGGAUGCUUGUUCAGUGCCCCUUCUUCUGUGGACACUUCAAGUUACAUGGAAGGAGUCAUGGGUAAAGGUGAGAAAGAAAAUAAUGGUAAAAAAAAUGGCCGAGGUGCACUGCAGAGUUCAUGCUGGAUAAGGAGAAGCCUUAGAUUAGAGGUCACCGUCUUUCAAAUUUUCUCUUUUCUUUAUAGACCUUUCAUUUCAUUAAUUUGACACAAGCUGCAUGGAUGUGAAUUUGCCGUGACUAGCGCAAGCAUCAUCAUUUCUGUAGCGUAUACGAACUCAUUUGGGAGAGUAAUAACCCAGAUCUUGUUCAGUAUGUUGUCAACCCUAUGAUUUUCCCUGACUUUUUCACAUUUCAGUCA